AUGAAACGACAGUCCUGCAUCAGUUCAUUUGUAUUUGCAUGUCAGUUCAGCUUCACAUAUAUACUCAUCGCCAUAACGUUACAUUUCGGCAAAGUGAUGAUGCUGAGUAAUGAAAUCACACCGUUCGAUUAUCUCAGGGUUGUCUUGCUGACACAGUUUGGUGCCAAUUUUAUCAGCCAACUGAUUGCAUCAGUGAGUGAUUUAUCGAAAGCACGCAUGGCUUCUGAGAAUAUUCUUGGCGUGAUUAAAGAAACAGCAGUUGAUAUGAACAAUUUAAGUGAUGAAGGAUUGCGACCGAAGAUAUCAGGUCGGUUGAUGCUUAAAAAUGUGGAAUUUCGGUAUCCAUCUCGACCAAUAUAUCCCGUUUUACGGAGUCUCACUCUCAAGUUAAUCGAUGAUUACAAUGUGAAGCAAAUUAAUCCGGCAUAUCUGCGACGUGUGGUAGUUUCGGUUGGUCAGGAACCAACGUUAUUUUCAUUUACCAUUCGUGAAAAUAUCGGAUAUGGGUUGCCAGAAGACGAAGCGACAGAACAAAAAAUCGUUGAAGCAGCUAAAAUUGCUAACAUACAUGAUUUCAUUUUGUCGUUACCUCAAGUAAGACGUCAACCGUAA